GCCAGCCAGCCUCCMGUUAGCUGCUAUUUUCUAACAAGAUGGCUGCCGUUCCUGAGAGCAGAGUUCUUACUUUCAGCGUUUUUAAAUGGAGCUCAUAUUCCUCCACAUAUUUACCCGAGAAUAUCUUGGUGGAUAAACCUAACGAUCAGUCCUCCAGGUGGUCUUCAGAGAGCAACUAUCCUCCACAGUUUUUAAUCUUGAAGUUGGAAAGGCCGGCGAUUGUUCAGAGCAUCACCUUUGGCAAGUAUGAGAAGACUCAUGUCUGCAACCUCAAGAAGUUCAAAGUGUUUGGUGGGAUGAGCGAGGAGAACAUGACAGAACUUUUAUCCAGUGGCCUUAAGAACGACUACAACAAGGAGACGUUUACGUUAAAGCAUAAGAUUGAUGAGCAGAUGUUUCCCUGCAGAUUUGUGAAAAUAGUGCCUCUGAUGUCUUGGGGCCCCAGUUUUAACUUCAGCAUCUGGUACAUUGAACUGCACGGCAUUGAGGACCCUGAUGUGGUGCAGCCCUGCCUUAACUGGUACAGCAAGUACAGAGAACAGGAAGCCAUCCGGCUCUGCCUCAAGCACUUCCGGCAGCACAACUACACGGAAGCCUUCGAGUCGUUGCAGAAGAAGACGCGCAUAGCCCUGGAGCACCCCAUGCUCACACACCUGCACGACUGUCUGGUGCUGCAAGGAGACUUUGACGCCUGUGAGGAGCUCAUAGACAAAGCAGUGAGAGAUGGUUUGUUUAACCAGUAUAUCAGCCAGCAGGAGUACAAGCCCAGGUGGAGUCAGAUCAUCCCCAAGUGCAACAAAGGUACAGGCAGCCAAGAAAUCAGCCGAGACGACGUGAACAGUGACGCCGAUGACAACAGGCCCGGGAUGAGGGGAGGACAUCAAAUGGUCAUUGACGUCCAGACUGAGACGGUAUACCUGUUCGGGGGUUGGGAUGGCACUCAGGAUCUGGCCGACUUCUGGGCCUACAGCGUCCAGGAGAACCAGUGGGCCUGCAUCUCCAGGGACACAGAAAAAGAGAAUGGCCCGAGCGCCCGCUCCUGCCACAAGAUGUGCAUCGACUCGCAGCGCCGGCAGAUCUACACGCUGGGCCGCUACCUGGACUCCAGCGUCAGAAACAGCAAGUCCUUGAAGAGCGACUUCUACCGCUAUGACAUCACGGCCAACACCUGGACGCUCCUCAGCGAGGACACGUCAGCGGACGGAGGGCCCAAGCUGGUGUUUGACCACCAGAUGUGCAUGGACUCAGAGAAACACAUGAUUUACACGUUUGGCGGCCGCAUCCUGACGUGUAACGGCAGCGUGGAGGACAGUCGGACGUCGGAGCCACAGUUCAGCGGUCUGUACGCGUUCCACUGCCAGGCAGGGACGUGGCGCCUCCUACGGGAAGACUCGUGCAACGCCGGGCCAGAGGACAUUCAGUCCCGGAUCGGACACUGCAUGCUUUUCCACACCAGAAACCGCUGUCUCUAUGUGUUUGGGGGUCAGAGGUCAAAGACAUACCUGAACGAUUUCUUCAGCUACGAUGUGGAUGGAGAUCAUGUAGAGAUCAUAUCUGAUGGUACCAAGAAGGAUUCUGGGAUGGUUCCAAUGACGGGUUUCACCCAGAGAGCCACCAUCGACCCGGAGCUCAAUGAGAUCCACGUCCUGUCUGGGCUGAGCAAAGACAAGGACAAACGGGAGGAGAACGUGCGCAACUCGUUCUGGAUCUACGACAUCGCCCGCAACAACUGGUCAUGUGUGUAUAAGAACGAUCAGGCUGUAAAAGAAAACCCGAGUAAGACGCUGCAGGAGGAGGAACCGUGUCCACGCUUUGCACACCAGCUGGUCUACGAUGAGAUGCACAAGGUACACUACCUGUUUGGAGGAAACCCAGGGAAGUCGUGUUCUCCUAAGAUGCGCCUCGAUGACUUCUGGUCCCUCAAACUGUGUCGGCCCUCUAAGGAGUACCUGCUGCGCCACUGCAGAUACCUCAUCAGGAAAUACAGGUUUGAGGAGAAAGCCCAGUCAGAGCCACUGAAUGCUCUGAAGUACCUUCAGAACGACCUGUCGCUAACCGUGGACCACACUGACCCUGAUGAGACCAAAGAGUUCCAGCUCCUACCAACUGCUCUCUUCAAGUCCAGUUCUGAUUUCAUCCCUCUAGGCUUCUCUGACGUAGACCAGACGUACGCUCAGCGAACGCAGCUCUUUGACACGCUGGUCAACUUCUUCCCUGACAGCAUGACGCCCCCGAAGGGCAACCUGGUGGACCUGAUCACCCUCUAGCGUCCUGCUCCUUUCACACCUGGCUGAACACACACCUGUGCACACACACCUAAAACACACCAGACUGGUCAGCUGAGUCCACUUUGUCCAGCUCCACUUAACUGACCUGUGUUCUACAGGCUUUGUCACCAUGGCGAUGAGGGUAUUAAAACACAGCACCACUGUGCUAGAUAGACAUGAGUGAGAUUUCCUAAAAGCCUUUGGUGCUUUUUUAUAUUUUUUGUGUGUUUUUCUUUAGGUGAGAGCCGAGCGCUCGAAGCUCUAAAAGGUUUUAAUUUGACAAAAAAAAAAAAUGGUUGCACUUCUGCUUUGCUCUUCACACACAGGCGUUCAGUGAGUACUUUUAAGGCUAGUGGAUUCUUUUUUCUUUAAAGUUGGCCGAGUUUCUCCAGCUCAUCUGUUCGUUAGGCUUUUCCUGAACGUCUCUCCUGGGAAACGCGUUCAGGUUCAUCGUCCGGCUUCUUUCUGCUUUCGUUUUUCAAGAGCUGCUCGGCUUUCUUUGGGCUCACCACUUUUUUCUAGACGACAUGCAGCCGCACCAACCACAAACAAAAAUGUAGUUUACAAUUUUAGUAGUUUUAGUGAGUGCGAUGAGGGAAAAAUAUGAAUAUAUAUAUAUAUAUAGUCAUAUAUAUAUGUCAAGAUAUCUAAAAGCCCUUUUGGGUCUGACUAAUACAAGUUUAAACACUUCAGCUAUUGGACUGCAAAUUGAUUCUAAUGGCUGAAAUUAUGUACAAAAUAUGUAAAUAUACAUACAGAAUAUUUUCCUGGAUUGGAUGCAUUUUCUUCUGGAAUGUUUCCCACCUUACUUAAACGUUUUGAGUUUACACAUAGACACUCAUUAGUUCCUGUAUCAUAUUCAGCAUAAGGGGAAAAAAUCUGUGAUUGUGCUUUAAGAACCUCGAUUAUUGUUACGAAUGACCUUCUAUAGGUUUCCUUAAAGUCCCUGGUGUGAGUGGAGAAAGAUAAGUGGAUCAGAUAAUAGAUGUAGAAUUACAUCUACUAACAAUAUGCCCACAAUCUGAAAAUAUCACUUUUUCCUGUUGAUAAAAGGCAUCAAAAAUGAAAAUGUCCACCAUAUAACACAUCAAACACAGCAUGGAUAUUGGUUUUCUAAAAAUGUUCAAACUUUUAUGUUCUGGUUGACACAAAGCUGCUACCUCUAUCAUGGAAUGUGCGGCGCGUUUCCUCCUCUUUUACGUUAGUAUUUCCUUAAAAAAGAAAGAUUAGAAUCAGCAGGACCUCAUGCAAUACAUGAAAUCAUUGAUCAUAUCAUAUUUGCUUUAUGAAGAAAAAUCUUCCUCCCUAUUUAAGUAAAUAUCCAUUAAAGGUGUCUGAUUUUAACACAAAGCAGUAAAGAAUGUAUGUUUUAGUUGGUAAAUUUCAGGGAAGUUUUUAUUUACAGUCAUUUCCUUAAACUGAACAGAAAAUGGGAAAGCCGUGCCCUGCUGUUUACUGCAGCUGAAGCAUAAAUAUGUACAUUUAUUAAGACUCUGGUUUAAAACCUAAACAACUGAAUGAUAGUCGAACCUUUUCUGUUAGUGUUCCUAACUAAAUCCGUUGGCGUGUUGACGUGGACGGUCAACACGCCAGCGUGGCUGUUUAAAACUCCAAACCGGACCAGAACCACCAGGCAUGGGCCGGAGGGAAUCUUCCUCUCACUCCUCCAGUUUCUGUUUCCAUGACACUCUUGACGUAGUAAAUAUAGGUUGAUGUGCCUCGCAGUCGUAGAUUCCUAACCUGUGACCUUCUAAACACAUUAGUUUUAUUUUAUUUUAUUUUUUUUACUCACCAGCUGGUGUUUCUAAAUCCCACUUGAGGAAACAUCAGUCAGGGAUCAGAUCAUUUUAAAGAGUUGAUAAGUAGCAGUUAUAAAAGUGCUGACAUAAAGGUGUGGUUGCCGGGGUGCAAGCUUGGAUCUGGCCAAGUCAAAUAUUUCACUCCACUAUUAAAUAGUUUAAAUCUAUACAUUCUAUUUUACAUACAGAUUAUUGGUGCACUACGGCAAAGUAUGGAGUGAUUCUAAUAUCUUAUUGGUCAUAAAAUAUACAUUUAGAUCAUUCAUGUCCCACCAGACAUUCUUUACUGGUCCCAGUUUAGGACUGUAGGAACAGUAACAACUGAUGACAGGAACUGUUUUCAGUGUCACCAGCUGAGAGGCUCCUAAAGGCAAAUCACUGAUUAGUGCAAACCAAACCAAAGGUUGUGCAGGAAGGUGAGCUGCACAGCUCCCACCCACCUGCAGCUGGGUGGGAUUCUCCAUUUAGAACGCUGGGAAAAAAAGUCCUGGUGUUUUUAGGAAGAAUUUGCCAAACUAAGUGAUACGAGUUGUUAUGAUUGCAAUUCUUUAGCACAGAGAUAAAAACCACUGUCCCCCAUCACACGUGUGAUUGUGGAAGCUUCAUAUGUAGCAUAUGAAUAUUAGAGCUUUGCUCACGAAACUGAUAUUUGAAAUCACUAAAUGUUAUCAAGCUAUUCUCUUACCAAAGGACACCUUUAGCAAAACACACCGAAAGAGUAGAAGAUGAUAACCAUGGUAUCAAAUAUCUUCAGCCAUGAAAGCUCACUUCCUCUUCCUCUUCCUCUUCCUCUUGUUUCUCUUGGAUUAAGUGAAAGUAGCUGGAGGAUAUCGCUAGCUGCUUUCUGGCAGGAGCAUCACCUCUUUUAAUAGACGUAGCUUUCAAAACUCUUAACAUGGCAGACAUUUUAAACCUUGGCAGAGAGGAGAGCGAUGAAUCUGGAAUUUAAUUUCUUUUUAAUUUCUUUUAGUAGUACAUGUCAAUAAAUUCAGUUUUUUU